GAAGCAUGUCUGGGCCUUUUUUCUUCAUCACUUGGAACUGUAUUGUUACGUCUUUAAAGCGUGACCUUUUGUUUGAGGAUUUCAUUUCUGGUUGAUAACUGAAUGAUUGGAAAAGUCUGACAUGCCAUUUCAGCGAUCUUGACCUGGCUGAACUUGUUUUCAUAUUCAUGUACCUAACAGUGACAGUGGUAAAGAAGCUAACAUCCAGUGGACCACCAAUACAACUAACUAAGGACACCAAAGGUUAAGGUACACUGAAGGCACAGAACAAAAGGCUGGACAUGCUAAGGUGCAUGUGUUGAGCCACAUGUCUGAAUGAUCACAACUUGAGACUGCAAAAGAAAAUGGAAUUACGUUUUUAGAUUUAGUGCUGUUUUAUGUCAGAGUUUCCGUAUAAGAAUCUGUCACAUUCAGGAGCGGUUCUGCUGUGAAUUCAGAAGUGCUCUGCAGGCAUUUCUUAAGGAGAUUUCUGCCAUCUUAUUGUUGUGAGCCAGGAUGAACACACACCCAAGACGGAUCCGCUUGAAGCCUUGGCUAAUCAACCAAGUGAACAGUGGGCAGUACCCUGGUCUUCAGUGGGUAGACCAACAACGCAAGUGCUUCCAGAUUCCCUGGCGCCAUGCCACCAGGCAUGUCCCCACCAUGGAGGAUGAGCACACCGUUUUCAAGGCUUGGGCAAAGGAAACUGGGAAAUACCAGGAAGGAGUAGAUGACCCUGAUCCAGCCAAAUGGAAAGCCAAUCUGCGCUGUGCCCUGAACAAAAGUCGAGAGUUCAAACUUCUGUAUGAUGGAACCAAGGAAACACCCAUGAAACCCUUCAAGAUAUAUGAAGUCUGUGACAUCCAGUCAAAUGGGGAAACCUUUCUAGGUGAAGACUACGAAUGUGUCCUUGAUGAAGAGGAUGAGCUCCCAGACAUGAUGCCCAAAUUACAGAUUGCUGAUAGAGUCCCACCUAGCAAUCUGCCAGCAUAUCAAUGGGCAAAACAGGAAAUACAGUAUCCAAACCCUUGUGCCAAUGCAUCCUUUGCUCUUAGCACUCUGCAAACCCCAGAACUCUGUCAUUCGAACCUCUCUUCUCAAAGUUUAGUACAUGCCAACCAAAUGAUGAAUUUUACGACAAAACUCCAGCAGCAAAAUAUCUCCAGGCCACAAGGAACUCUGCAGAUGACAGAACUUCUACCACCAAACCUCAGCUCACAAGGAAGUAUUCAUCCCGGGUCUGGAUCGUUAAGCCAGCCAAGCAGCAUGGGAAACAUCCAUACGGGAAACCUACCACCAGUAGAAGUCUCUCCUCAACAUCUACCACCAGUAGAAAUCUCACCUCAACAAAUGGAGCAAUUUGUGCCAAACCUGCUCAUCAGUCCCCACAUGCUGCCAUUAACAGACUUAGAGAUCAAAUUUCAGUACCGUGGAAAGGAGGCUGGCUCCCGAACUGUUAGCAACCCUCAUGGAUGUCGACUGUAUUACAGCAAUUUGGCCCCAACACCAGAUAAGGUGGAAUUGUUUGGGCCAGUGAUACUUGAGCAAGUAUGUUUCCCAAGCACAAAUGAGAUUCAGAAUGAAAAGCAGCGACACUAUACUGAACAGCUACUAGAUGUGAUGGACAGGGGGCUCAUUCUGGAAAUUCAAGGACAAGAUAUCUUCGCUAUCCGGCUAUGUCAGUGCAAAGUGUUCUGGUCUGGCCCUUCUACUGGUACAUCUUGUGGACCCAACCCCAUUGAGAGAGAAAGGAAAAUCAAGCUGUUCAGCCUUGAAAAUUUUCUUAAUGAGCUGAUCCUGUACCAGAAGGGACAAACCACUGACCCACCACCUUUUGAAAUCUACUUCUGCUUUGGUGAGGAAUGGCCAGACAAGAAGCCAAAGGAAAAGAAACUCAUAAUGGUUCAAGUUAUUCCAGUAGCUGCUCGAAUACUGUCAGAGAUAUUCUCAGGAGAAAUGUCAUGGUCAGCCGACAGCAUCCGACUGCAAAUUUCUAAUCCUGACCUCAAGGACAAAAUGGUAGAGCAGUUUAAGGAGCUUCACCAGAUCUGGCAAGCACACCACACACAAUCACAGGGACAAUGGUCUAUGCAACCUGAGAGCAUGCAGUGAGCAAAGACUGAAAAUAAAAUGCAAAGCAGUGUUCACAGCAAGCAAUUAUUUUCUUUGGCUGGAAAUGCCUUUAGUGACUGCAGCUUUAAGGUAGAGCAUUUCUUGCAGAACAAAUUAAACCUGGAAUCUUAGAAUGCAUAACAAAAUCUUGUUUUUAUGGACAACAUGGUACAAAGUUUGGAAUACUGGCUUUGAAAAUGAGCUACAAAUCUACCAGGUUCAUCUCUACAUGGAAUUGUUUCCAUAUUUUGGGACUCUGAGUGAACUACUUAAACUUAAUUUUAGUUGACUGUUCUGUAACAGAAUUUCACUACAGGGCUUUGAGAUUCUUACAACCGAGGAUGUUCUCUUGCUUCUGCAGCGUAAAAAACAUUCGUGGAUAAAGGCUACUUGAUGAAAUUUCAUCUGGACUGAUGUGUCAGUGUUGCUCUGUAGCAUAAUUUUGUUUAACUCAGGAUCCAUUUAAUAAGAAAAAUAAUUUGGAAUUUUCAUUUGGGUCCUUUUUGUAGACAGUGGUGCUUUGUGUUAAGCCAAGAUAUCUUUGCUAAGGAAUAGUAUCUUAAUUCUUUGUUCCUUGGCUUUUCAUGCUAGGAUUAUUCUUGGUACCUGUAUGCACAAAUAAUGCAAAUCUUUUGUGUUAGGGUGUCCUGCUUUCACAGUAUUUUUAUGUGAGUAUCCUGCAUAUAAGACAAUGGCAUCCUUCUUGUGAGCCUAGUUUUACAUUUUUGUACAUUGGUUGUCAUUUAAACUAUGCUUUGACCUAUUUUUUUAUGUGACAGAGUGGGGGUCAGAAGAGCUAAGCUUUGGUGAAUCACCUGCACAGCACAAAUAGUUUGCACCCCCCCCCUUUUUUUUUGCUGUUGUUGUAUUUACCAAGGAUUGCAUAACAUACCUGGAAUUAAUCGCAAUGCAGGAACUCAUCCAUUCAAGGAAGUAUGCUGUUACUCAUUCAUUCAAUCUCAAGUGCCCAGGAUAUUUUAUAUGUGGUGUAGUAGCUCAUAUUUUAAAGAAGCCCUUGUUUUGUUUUGUUUUUCCAUCUUUUUCAAUGCAUCCAUUCAAGACUUGUGAGUCAGUGCCUCAUUUUAGUGGUUAAAGGGUCUGGAUUAUCACUAUACCAUUUACUUCAAGUAUCUUAUUUUUAGUUAUUAUCUGUUCAACUUCUUCUAAAUGCACAGUCAUUCUUUGAAAACGAAUUUUCACUAACUUUUUAUCAGUAUUCCUUAUACUUUACAACACCGUCUUUGAAGUUCUUCAAGAGCAGAAGGUAAUGCACAUCCAUUAAUAAAAAUCUGCACAGACGAGCUUGCAAAUUGAGUCACAACAAAGGGGAUGUGAAUGAAUAUUAACCAAAUCUUACACUUUUUAAUACAGGUCAUUUGUCCAAGUAUCCAAAGGAAAAAGAAGUGCUGCCUCUUGCUUCUGUCAUUUUUCUUUUGGCUAUGGGCAUGCAAGAGAGAUAUUUCAAAGAAUUAAUGUGGUUUUAAUAUUAUUUCUGACCUGGGAGAAGAUUAUGGCUAUAAUGUUACUUGCUUUUCUUUGUGAAGGCUGCCAACGUCUGUAGGCUGAACUUUAGUGUAUGCCCAUAUCACUUAUUGGAUACAAUACACCAGAAUGUCAAUUAAGCUCAAAAGUGCCUUAUUUCUUACAUGGCAUACUUUGCCCUUGUAACCUAUAUCAUCGUUUCCCUGGGGUGACCAAUAGAGCCUUUGUGGUUGAGAAAGUACCCCCUCAUUUAAUAAUUAGACACACAGAGUCAACGCAAAGUUUGUCAGCCCAUUAGCAUUAUAUAUCAUGAACUCAAUUCUAACCCAGCGGAUCUUGAGUGCAAUAACUUAUUUUUUUUACAACUGUCCUAGCUAUCCAAGUAUAAACUCUUUUCUUACAGUGCAUUUUACAGGGAUGUAAAUAAUCUGUUGUUGAUUUUCAAACCAUUUAUCAGUUGUUUUCAUCUUCUUAGAGCUGCAACAGUCAUACUCUCUGCCCUUCAAUAAUGUGUAUUAGGGCUGUGUUCAUAACUAAUUAGAAGAGUCAUUGAAUGUUCAGUAAUUUAUCCAUCUUCAGUAUCCACUUUAUACAGUUCAAAGCAGUGGAGAGUUAUAGUGUUUUUUUUUUUUGAAUGAAGCAAUAGUUAUAUGCUGGAUGUGGUGCCAGUACAUGUUGGGACACAUUUACAAUCUCACACACACAUAUUUACAGUAUAU